GCCGCGGAGGGGGAGAACGAUCUUGGCUACCGAGGGUGGCGGAUGAGCGGGGGCCCCGGCUGCUCCGCUCCCCGGUCCGCGCCCCGCGCUGCUCCCGGCCCGACGGCGGCUCUUGGCUCCUGCCCUGUCCGGGCCGGACUCUGCAUCUCGCUCCCCUGCGGAGCCCCGGCCUUCCCCGCUCGCCAGCGGCCGACGCCGGUGCACAGAAAAACGCCCGUGGCGGGAGCGUUCGGGGAGCUGGGGCACCAGGCCGCCGGCACGGCGGACAGCUGCCUAGCUUCGGCACCGGCACGGACACCGGCGGCCGCCCCUCGGGCGGCCUCGCUGCCGGCUGUCCACGGAGCUUCCCACAGCAGGGCGCUCCCCAGACUGGCUCUGCAAGCCCGCAGCUCCGACCAAGCUCCCGGCGGCGGCGCCCGCCGCCCGGUGUUUCCACGUCGCCGGGCCUCUCCCCCGGCCGCCGACGUGCGGGCAGUCCCAGGACCUGGCCGAUUUGGCUCGGUGGCCCUAGCGGAACGGCCCCGGCCCGGGAGGAGGCGCCACCGCCGGCGGUGCACGACGGUGACUGAUCCAGCCCGCGCUCCCCCCCUCGGAAGGAUGGAUGUGAACGAGCUACUAAGUGUAGUUACUAAUAACAAUAACAAUAAAUUAUCGGACUGUUGCUCAGUAAUGCAAACAAAUGUUCCGUGA